AUGCCAACAGGGAGGGUGGUGGGCUGGACGGUGGCGGUUCUGUGUGUGUGGGUCUCCUGUGGCGCUGCCGCGGGACAACUCGAAUACUCAGUGUUGGAGGAGACUCCGCGGGGCGUGGCCGUAGGCAACGUCACCGCGGACCUGCGGCUGUCAGCGGCGGUUCUGUCCUGGCGGAACUUUCGCUUCCUUUCCAGCCACGACGGGCCCUACUUCGGGGUGGAUCUGGCCAGCGGUAGCUUGGUGGUCCGAGAGCCGGCGGACCGCGAACGGCUUUGCGGGGCCAAAGCUCCCUGCGUCUUGACCUAUGAGCUGGUGCUUGAGGACCCGCUGGAGCUGCACAAGAUGCGCAUCCACGUCCUGGAUAUCAACGACAACUCGCCUCUCUUCCCCGCCCGCGACGUGCAGCUGCACAUCCCCGAGUUCCUGGCGCCGGGGGCCCGUUUUACCCUCCCCAGCGCCCAAGAUGCCGAUGAGGGAAGCAACGGGGUGCUCAGCUACAGCCUGAGCCCCAGCCAGCACUUCCGCCUGGACAUGGGGUCGCGGGCCGACGGCAGCGAGUUCCCAGAGUUGGUUCUGGAGAAAGCUCUGGAUCGCGAGGAACGCGCCACCCACAGGCUGGUGCUCACCGCUCACGACCGCGGGCGGCCCGCACGCUCCGGGGACGCGCAGGUCACCAUCAUUGUGGUGGACACAAACGACAAUGCACCUGUAUUUGAGCGCACGGUAUAUCGCACCAGGGUGCCAGAGACUGUACCCAACGGUACCGUGUUAGUCCGAGUUCGGGCCUCGGACCCGGACGAAGGCUCCAAUGGGGAAGUCCGGUACUCCUUAAGCAGCAGCACGCAGGCAAAGCUGCGACACCACUUUCACGUUCACCCUAGAAAUGGGGAGGUGCGGGUAGCAGCUUUGCUAGGUCCUCCUGAAACGCUGCUGGAGGCAUACAUCGAGGCGAGGGAUGAGGGCGCCUUCGGUCUGGCCAGCACCGCCAAACUGCUGGUGGAAGUGACUGACGUGAACGACCACGCCCCGGAGGUGAACCUGCUGACUCUCUCCAGCCCCGUUUCCGAGGGCACCGCCCCCGGCACAGUGAUUGCUCUCCUCAGUGUAAGGGAUGAGGACCUCGGUCCCAAUGGUAAGGUCAUUUGUAGCAUAUCCAAUGGAGGCCCUUUUAAGCUGAAGGCUUCUUUUGACAAUUACUACAGUUUGCUCACUGAUGGGCCGCUGGACCGGGAGCAGGUCAGCGAAUACCAGGUCCUGAUCACCGCCUCAGACGGUGGCUCGCCACCACUUAGCACCCGCAGGACACUGACUGUGUUAGUUGCUGAUGUGAAUGACAAUGCACCAAGCUUCCCUCAACCUCGACAGGAACUUUUUGUGGCUGAAAACAAUGGCCCUGGAGCCUCUCUAGGCCGCGUGUUUGCCCAGGACCCAGACUUAGGGAACAAUGGCCGUGUCUUCUAUGAACUGUUGGAUAUUAGCUCUGAAGGGCAGACAGCCGCUAGCUGGGUGGCAGUAGAAUCAUCCAGCGGGGCUAUCACUGCCAAAACUUCCUUUGACUUUGAGCAGCUCAAGGAGGUUCACUUUCAAGUGGAAGCCCGGGAUGGGGGCAUUCCUCCCAGAAGUGCAACCGUGACUGUGAACUUGUUUGUGGUAGAUAGGAACGACAAUGCUCCCGUCAUCUUGUUUCCUGUGACCAGAAAUGGCACCGUCCCAGUGGAAAUCGUGCCCCGCUCUGCCAGAACUGGACACUUGGUCACAAAAGUAGUCGCAGAGGAUGCAGACAGCGGCUCCAAUGCCUGGCUUUCCUACCACAUCUCCCAGGCUUCUGACUCUAGCCUUUUCAGAAUUUCAGCCAACAUGGGAGAGCUCCGUACUGCCCGCUUAGUUCUUCCCACUGAUGCAGUGAAACAGAGGGUGGUAGUAGUGGUUCGGGACCGUGGAGACCCACCACUCUCCUCCUCGGUCACACUGGGUGUGCUGUUGAGCAACUCUGUUCCUCAGGUCCUUCCAGACUUUGAAGAUGCCUGGGAAACAGGAGGGCACCUCUCUGCCCGGAACCUGUAUUUAGUAAUUGCUCUGGCCUGUAUUUCCUUUUUAUUUCUGGGGUGCUUACUUUUCUUUGUGUGUAUCAAAUUGAGCCAGAGCCCAGGUUAUUGCUCUCGGAGCUGCUGUUGCUCUCCAGAGGAGCUGAGGAAUGGAAGGGAGGUGACUUUGAAUCCUUGCGUGGCAUCAGCCACAAUAGAUGUCACUACAGUCGAGAGACUUUCUCAGACCUAUCUCUAUUGGGCUUCCUUGGGACUUGGUUCUGAUAAUAACAGUUUGCUAUGGCGUGGGGAGUACAGUGCUGCUGACCUGAGAAAUCUGGCCACUGGGGUAGGACUGAAUUUGCCAAUAUCCUGUAUUCAGAUUCGGAAUAGGAAAGAUCACAUAAAUGUCAAUGCCAUGGUAAGUAAAUUUUGUGGGAUUUGAUUUUCUUAGCCAGGAGAUGACUGGCAGAUGUUUUUAAAUGUUUAUUAGAUGAUCCUUUGGCAACAUUUAAUGCAUUGAGUUGAACACUCCUGCUUAGUACUCCCUGUGCUAAGAAUUCUGGGAGUAUAAAAGUAUUAAAAGACUGUUCUUGACC